AUGUUUGACUUCGGACAGAUGCAUCUUCCAGAAUUCCACUUUAACCCUCCCCCAACCAAAAAAAGCAAGCUGAGAAAGACAGGGAUGGCCCUUGCUGGCUCUUCUCCGCCGAUAGCGGCGGCGGCGAAGUUCGUGGUCGUCGGCGGGGGCAUCGCGGGCGUCACCUGUGCUGAGCAGUUGGCUAUUCAUUUUCCAUCAGAAGACAUUCUCUUGGUAACAGCUUCUCCUGUUAUUAAAGCAGUUACAAAUUUUAAGCAGGUUUCUAAAACAUUGGAAGAAUUUGAUGUUGAAGAACAACCAAGUACUAUUUUAGAAAAACGCUUUCCCAACAUUAAGGUUUUAGAGUCUGGAGUAAAGCAGCUCAAGACAACAGAACAUUGCAUUUUAACAGAAGAUGGCAACCAAUAUAAAUAUGAAAAACUUUGUCUCUGUGCUGGAGCUAAACCAAAGUUAAUAUCUGAAGGAAAUCCAUAUGUAUUAGGAAUCCGUGAUACAGACAGUGCUCAGGAAUUUCAGAAACAACUCGCUAAAGCUAAAAGAAUAACAAUUGUUGGAAAUGGAGGUAUUGCUCUUGAGUUAGUUUAUGAAAUUGAAGGCUGUGAAGUGAUUUGGGCUAUUAAAGACAAAGCAAUUGGGAAUGCUUUCUUUGAUGCUGGAGCAGCAGAAUUCUUGACCUCAGAGCUCUUGUCUAAAAAAUCUGAUGUUAAAAUUACAUGUAAGAGAACCAGAUAUACAAUAGAAGAAAGUGAAAAGGAAGCAAGUGCCAUAGCCAAUGCUGGUAAUCUAGGCAGUGCCUUGGGACCUGAUUGGCAUGAAGGUUUAAAUCUUAAAGGAACAAAAGAGUUUUCCCACAAAGUUCACAUUGAAACUAUGUGUGAAAUUAAAAAAAUUUAUCAUCUGGAAGAAUUUAAGCAACUGAAGAAAACAUCCUUACCUUUUCCUAAAGAUUGUCAAGAUAAGUCAACUGAUAAAGAUACGUGGCCUGUAUAUGUAGAAUUGACCAAUGAGAAGAUAUAUGGCUGUGAUUUUAUUGUCAGUGCAACUGGGGUCAUACCAAAUAUUAAGCCUUUCCUUGAUGGCAACAAUUUUAUGCUAGGUGAAGAUGGUGGCCUAAAAGUGGAUGACCAUAUGCACACAUCACUUCCCAAUAUCUAUGCUGCAGGUGAUAUCUGUACUGCAUCAUGGCAACCUAGUCCAGUCUGGCAGCAGAUGAGGCUAUGGACUCAAGCUAGACAAAUGGGAAACUAUGCAGCAAAAUGCAUGAUUGCCGAUACUUUGGGAGACUCUAUUGACAUGGACUUCAGUUUUGAACUUUUUGCACAUGUCACAAAAUUUUUUAACUAUAAGGUUGUAUUAUUGGGAAAGUACAAUGCCCAAGGCUUGGGUUUAGAUCAUGAAUUAAUGUUGAGAUGUACCAAAGGACAAGAAUAUGUCAAAGUGGUCAUGCAAAAUGGACGGAUGAUGGGAGCCAUUCUAAUUGGUGAAACAGACUUGGAAGAAACAUUUGAAAAUUUGAUUUUAAACCAGAUGAACCUUUCGGCAUAUGGAGAGGAUUUGCUAGAUCCAAAUAUUGAUAUAGAAGACUAUUUUGACUAAAAAAAAAUUAUUUUAAGCCACUGGAAAUAAUAAUCUUAAGUCAAGGCAGAAAAGUUGAAUCAUUGUAGCAACUUAGAUGAUAAACAUGAUGCUGAAGUGAAAUAUGCAAGGGUCUUAAUGAUGAACAUUUUUAUUGAAAAGGUGUAAAAUGAAUUUAAACUAUCAAUAAGUAUUCCCAACUAAUUUUUGUGGUUUUACACUGUAUCAGAUUGAACACAUAACAUAGUUUGGAAACUUGUAUUUAACAUUUCACAGAAUCUUAGAAUUCCUUAAAAAAUGACAGUAGAAGCAAUUUAGGUAAACCUCUACCAGAAUAAGAAUCCUCCUCUACAUUCAUACUCAACAAAGUCAUCUAGCCUUGGCAUGAAGACUUGGGAGUCCAGUGAGGGGCAAGAGGAGGAACCCUACUUCACAAGAUAGCCUAUUUCACUUUAGAACAGCUUUGUUAGGAAGUUUUUUCCUUACAGUAAACAUAAACUUGUCACUUCUCAGCAUUUAUUCCUAGUUCUGCCUCUUGGUUCCAGCAAAAUAAGUCUAAUGCCUCUUCUAUGUGCCUCUUGAAAAUAGCUACCAUGAUUCCCCCUAAAUCUAAUCUUACUACAAUCUCCUUUGAAACCUUUUAAGUUGAAUACAAAGCAGAUAUUCCAGGUAGGAUUUGAUCAAACUUCUCCUUUACUCCUUUCCACAUCCUUUAUAGUCCAAUCUCUUGCUAUUCACAUCUCUAUAUCUCUGUGCAUUUAUCCACUGUUUGCCCUCUUCCCCAUUCCUGGAAUGCAUUCUCUCACAAUCCUUUCUUAGAAUCCUUAGUUUCAUUCAAAGCUCAACUCAGGUACUCUAUUUUACAUGAAGCCUUUCCUAAUUCUCAGCUGCUCAUAGCUUCAUCUCCUCCCCCAUUAUCUUGUAUUCAUUUGGAAUAAUUUGUUUAUGCAUAUGUUGGCUCCCCUAGUUAAAAUCUAAGCACCUUAAAGGCGAGGGCGUUUAUCCCCGGUGCCUGAUGCUUAUUAAGCAUUUAAUAAAUGCUUGAUGACUGGCUAAUUGACCAAGACAGAGUACAGCAUAACUUUUACCUCCCUAAACCCACACUGUCAGUGUAGCCAAAGAUUACAUUAGCGUUUCAGCUAAUAUGUCAGGCUGCUGUUGACUCAUAUUGAGUUACCAGCCCACCACAACAUGCAGCUUUUUUUCAUGUGAACUCUGAUACAGCGUUCAUGUGAAAUUGAUCUUUUUAACCCACGUAUUUAUUCUUGUUCAAUUUGUAGCCUAUUGGAAGAUUUUGGGAUCUUAUCCCUCAGAAUGAUAAAAGUACAAACUAUGCCUUUAUUCAGGGCUGAUUAAACUGUUGAAUACAAGUCCAAGCCAAUUGCUGGGGCAGUUACUUCAGUGGAUACUUUCUUGUAAGCUGAUAUGGAACUCUGGCUCUAGUCCUUCAAGCAGUCACCUUGUUUGAACCACUAUCUAUUCUAUCGCUGUCUGCCUUGUCCGUAAGAAUAAGAUUUUCCCACAUAAGUUGCUAAAAAUCUAAACAGUUUCUGCAUUCACAGUAUUUCUCUACCAUUCUAGUAAUGCCAUAAAAACAGAAAAUGGGAAUAUCUGGUAUGGCCUGUUCUUGAUGAAGCCAUGUUGGUCCUUGGUGACAAUUUGCUUCCUUUCCUAGUUCACUAACCUUUUAAUAUUCUCUAGAUUUUUUUUCCCCAGAAAUUAAAAGUCUAGUUUAUAGGCUUAUUUGUAAACUCUUCUCUUCCCUUCUUUGGAAAUCAGGAUAUCUGCCCUAUUCCAUUUCAGCAAUGGAAAUUCACUAUCUUUCAGAAAUCAUUGACUUCAUAUAGCAAUCAUAUAUUCCAAUUCUUUCAGUAAUUUAUCACUCUUGUUUUACUUUUGAAUUUUCUAACAAAUUCAUAACAUUUAGAACUUGUGGCCACCCCUUUUAGAGAAAUAAAUUAUGCAAGGUCAUCACAUUUCCAGCUGACCUAAAACAAUUUCUAGUAGACUAGAAAUAGUUCUAUCCUUGCUAUUUCUCUGAAGUCAGCUAUGAAAUCCCACCUACAAUUAACAUUUUAAAAUGCAUACUCUGUAAGAUAUUACUUAUAUCUAGCUAAAUCUAUUUGUUUUACCUCCAUUAAGCUAGAAGCCCUUAUGUUAGUUCCUUUAUACAUGGAUACUUUGAAUAUUAUGACUACUCAAAUAUUUGUCAACAAUUUAGUUUAUUGAUGAUAUAUUUAAAGAACUGUGACAUACUUUUUAAAAAAAAAAUUUCUAACCCUUAUCUUUCACUUUAGA